ACAUCCCAUGAUGUUCUUGGCUCAGCUACACCUGGAUGAGGAGCAUCUGCCUGUUGUGCAUUUACAGGGUCCACAAAAAAACCUGCUAGAUAUAAAGGCCGCGUGGCUAUUGUGUGCCACACUGACUGACGCUCCUGUCUGACCCCAGGCGCUACCCCACCACAACCGCUACUUCUCCCGCGGGUAUGAGUGUUGCCAAGCUGCCCGCAAUAGCUGUCCACGGUGGGGCAUGGGGUAUUCCCGACAGCCUGGCCGGGCCGAGCGUGGAGGGGGUGCAGCGUGCAGCCCGUGCUGGGUACGAUGUUCUCACCGAGGGUGGGUCCGCCCUGGACGCCGUGGUAGCCGCUAUCUGCAUCCUGGAGGAUGACCCGGUCUUUGAUGCAGGCACGGGGUCGGUGCUGACGCUGGAUGGUGAGGUAGAGAUGGAUGCUGUCGUCAUGGAAGGACGUAACCUAAAAGCAGGGGGUAUCGCCUGCGUCCAGAACAUCAAAAACCCGUGCGUCCUGGCCAGACAGGUGCUGGAAAAGACAGAGCAUGUUUUGCUGGUCGGCCCGGGUGCCAACAAGUUCGCGUCCGAGUGCGGUAUUCCAACAGUGCCAGAUGAGUCGUUGAUAACAGACACUGCCAGAGCCGAACUGGAACACUUCCGGAAGUACAAAACUACCGUCAAUCAACUCUUUAACAACAGAGAGGUCCCCCUAGGCCAUGACACAGUUGGGGCAGUAGCAGUGGAUCAGACUGGCUGUGUGGCGUUCGGCACCUCUACUGGAGGCAUCACGGCCAAGAGACCUGGAAGGGUGGGGGACACGUCUAUAGUGGGUGCUGGGGGGUAUGCCGACAAUCGGUCCGGUGCUGUCUCCUCUACAGGACACGGGGAGGGGAUCAUCAGGGUGUGUCUCGCCAAGCGUAUCACCGAUCUGAUGGAACAAGGCGUCCCGUGUCAGGAGGCGGCAGACCGUGGCCUGGCCUACAUGACUGAGCGAGUGGGCAGCGCUGGAGGGGUGGUGGUGGUCAGUUCUCAGGGUGACGUCGGCUUCUCCUUCACCACGGACAGGAUGGCGUGGGCGUGGGCACGGGGAGGGGAGCUGCACUACGGCCUAGACCCCGGACAACACACAGGGGUCAGUCUAUAGGCUAUACGGGACAAUAGUGAAAACCUCGCUCAACAUGUGCAGCUGGAAACCUUUGGAAACUCCAUCCGACGAUCGCCUUUGUCAUGUUUGUCACUAGGGAGUGACGCUGCGGGUUCGGUUCCAAAUUCAAUUUAGUGCGGUUAAAUCUACUGGUCACAUAGCUACAUUGAAAACACAGUAUGUUUCUCUCCUAAUUCAUUCUUCCUGAUUCCACACUAGGGCGUCUGAUUUUGUCAUGUUUUAUCAAUAAGUUUGUUCCUAUGAACAAAUUGAGCAGUUAGAAUUGAUAUGUUGUUUGAAGUUGUUGUAAAAUACAGUGAAGCCGUAUUAAAGAAAUGAGUUAAUCGAU